AUGAGAGGACACCAACUGGCCUGUGCUGGUGUUUGUGUGUGGGCCACAGUGAAACCAGUUCUGCAAGUGUUGGAAAAACUCAUAAAGGAGUCACCAUUGCUGCAGAAAGAAAUCGCUGCCAUCAGAGCACAGUGGCAUUAUUGGGUGAUAAGGAACAGAAAGCAAAUUGAGAGGAGUGAGCCCCUUCUUCCUCCGGAAUACGUGACCUUCAAGGACAUGAGUGUGACCAGGGAGGAAGAGCUGGCGCUGAUGGACCAGGGCCAGAUGAACCUGUAUCAGGAUGUGAUGCUGGAGAACCUCAGAGACCUCAUCUUGGUGGGAAAUGGGCUUAAAAACAUUAUCUUGAAUCUUUGGAAAAAAACGUUGAGUUACCUCUUACAAGAAGUGCUCCACUGCUGCCAGGUGUGGAAACAAAAGGCCUGUGAAUGAACUGCCACUCAGGACUACGGGAAUGUCGUAGACCUUCAGGAAGACCGUCCGCCAUACUUAGAAGCGGAUGUUUCCCUCUGGGAAGAGUGGGUAGGGGUGUCUGUUCAGGUUUCUAAAAAUGAAAACUAUGUAGUAAGUGCCUUUCAUGUAGAGAACCAAGAUGUUCCAGCUUGGGAGGGCCUGACGCAGACCCUUCCCGCAGAAUCUUGGAGGAAAGGUGACACAGUGACUGGGCCUCAGGGGACAGAUAAGAGAAUUCCUGUGGAAGAGAAAUUGUGCAGAUGUGCUUGGUGUGAGGACACCUUCAGCCAGCCCUCUCUUGAUCAUGAUGGUUCUCAGGAACCUUGUAGAUGUAGUGACUGUGAGAAAAACUUGGUUUUAAAAUCAACAGUUGAACAGCAUAAUGUGGUCCACACAGUACUCCCAUCUUUUACAGGCAAUAGUGGAUUUAGAUUUAUGGAUGCUGCAGAUCCUCAUGUUCAUCACAGCACUCAAGAAGAAAAGUUUUACAAAUGUGACCAGUGUGUAAAGGACUUUAGUCAGAGCCCAGAUCUUGUUCCUUACAGAACCCGUGUGGGUGAGAUGCCUUGUGAAUGCCAUGAAUGGGCUGAGGCCAAGUAGAGCUCUCACCUUCUCAGGUUUCAGCAAGACCCCUCUGGAGACAAACCCUAGAAAUGUAAAAAAUGAGGCAAGGGCUUCCAGUGCAACUCCUCUCUCCACAACCAUCACCGAGUGCACACCAGCGAGACGCCCUACAAAUGCAAUGUGUGUGGGAAGGCAUUUGUAUUCGUACUGCUUUGUAUUCAUCAGGGAGUGCACACAAGGAAGAAGCCCUACAGAUGUGAAGAGUGUGGGACGGGCUUUGAUCAGAGCUCCGACCUUCUUGUCCACCAUGGAGUCCACACCUGAGAGAAACCCUACAAAUGCAGCAAGUGUGGCAAGUGCUUUUUAGUUCAAGCUCCAAAUGUUCUUCAGGUGCACGGAGGUUGAUACGGGGAGAAGCCCUACAGAUACAAUGUGUGGGGAAAGGAUUUUGUGUACAGUUCGGUUCUUCACACUCAUCAGAGGGUUCACACUAGAGAAAAACCAUAUAAAUGUGAUGAAUUUGUAAAGGGCUUCAGUCGGAAUUCAGAUCUUCGUGUUCAUCUCAGAGGCCACAUGGGAGAGAGGCCCUGUAAGUGUAAAGAAUGUGGAAAGGGCUUCAGUCACAACUCCUAUCUUUGUGCCCAUCAGAGAGUACAUGUAGAUGAAAUGCGAUAUCCAUGGUAUGAGAGUGGGAAGGGCUUUCAUUACAGCUCAAAACGUCUCCCUCGUGGAAGACUGUAUAAGAGGACAGAAACAUUAUAAAUGUAGAAACUUGAGAUUCAAUCAUGAAGACAGAAGCCACUCUGCAUCCACACGACUGAGGCUUACUCAGCCAUUGAGAGGAUCCUGGGGGGCAGAACACAGGGACUCUGCCAUCCGAGAUGUCAACCAGCAGCACCAGGGCAGGUUCUUAAGAGCAUGCCACACGGCUACUGUGGGUCUCAAGAACCUCUGUGAACUCCAGUCAACUGCUAUAUACUGCAGUGGCAAAGUAAGUGAUUCUUGACAAAUGUGUAGCAGUGGAAACAGGUCAAUUUUUCAUUAAAGGAUGUGUCCAGGAAGGAAGUUCUAGUUGGGAUGAGUACAGUAAGUUUUCAGUCCACCCAAAGGUUUUAGGUUUUUUUAUUUUUCCAAGCAUCACCACUAAAUAGAUACUUUUUAUGUAAACAUCCUAAACUGUGCUCAGAAAUGAAACCCAUGCUAAUUGGUAAGAGCAUCCAUCCUCAUGUUUUCAUGCCCAUUAGAUUUUCUACCUAGGAGACAAGCACUGUAAAAUGAUAUUUGGAGGUUAUAGCAAAGACAGUGCUAUGUGUUUAUUAUACUGGUUCUGUUUCCUUAGUCCUAAGAAGAUGCUCUUUCCCGGCAACCUUUUCAGUUAAGAGUGAGUUCUAGCCAGUGGAGUGUGAGCAAAAGUAGUUUAAGCCACUUCCAAAAGUUUUAGCCCUGUCUUAAUUACUUUUUUGUUGCUGAGACAAAAUACCUGACACCCAAAGUUAGAGGAAAAAAGGUUUAUUUCAGCUCACGGUUCAGUCCAUAGUUGGCUAGCUCAAAGGCAUCAUGGCAUGGCAGAGGAGCAGUGCAGAGGAGAAACAGUUCAUGGCCUGGAAGGGCAGGCAGAAGGCACCAAAGCAGUGAAGCAGCAAGUGACAACAGCAGUCCUCUUUCUGUCCCUUAUAUUCAUACCCAGGUUGGGGCACCUGUGAGACCAGAAUGUACCCACGAAACGCCAACUUACAAAACUCCAUCUUGGCCUGUAGAUGAACUCUCCUCAUACCCCUCCCUUAUAAAGUAGAUGUAUUCAUAACUGCUUGUUCUGCUUCUGUAAACUUGCUCCAUUGCUUCUCGGAAAGAGGUAGUGCCUGGUGCCCUCCCUUUACUGUAAAGUGCCCUAAUCUGACAAGAUAACAAGAUAGCUGACUUAUGAAAAAUAUUUUUGCAACUAGUCAAAAACAUGUUAACCUUCCCUUGAACUUGUCUUCUUAAAAUAACACCUAUAAAAGCUAUGCUGCUAUAACAUCCUAUAUAAACUGUGCUGUUCCAGGACUCAGGACUUCACUUCACUUAGGGAGUGGAGUCCACGUGCGUGAAUAAACUCCUUUCAGUUUAACUUUGUCAUUGGUCCUGGUGUUUGAUGAUUUACCGGCUCACUUGGCACAACAGCACCCUUAAGCCUAGCAUCACUAUGAAUCAAUCCCAGCAUCACAUCCUUAAUCUCAGCAUCACACACUCUGGAUCCAGCCAUCUCUGAAAAGCUCCACCUAUGACCAUACGAGGCUUUGGGGGGACAUCUAGAUACAAGCCGUAACAGGCUUUUACUGAGCAUCUUGUGAUGUCCUAAGGUUUCUCUUUUCCUACCAAGGUGCCCCUGGAGGCUGCUUGUUCCACACUGGCUUGCUGUC